CUUUCCCCCCAAGCCUGCCAGUCGACAUGGCUCGUUAUCGCGAACAGCCAGUCGCCCAGAAGCAUAGGCGGCGUCGGCCUGUACAAAAGAAUCAAGGGAAACACACUCGAGGAGUCAGCAAAGCAAAAGCGCAGAGUACGCUUCGUAGAAGUGCACGUCUUAACCCCCAGCAUAACGAACAUACCCAGAACCAACGCUCUCUCCCGGCGAAUAAGACUCUGCGCCAACAGGACCGAUUGGCUGCUCCACAGUCUGAAAAUCGGAAGCGAUCCCGCGGGGUCGAAAAUCCAGUCGACGACACCCCAACCGCCCCCCUUCGAAGGCGACCAAGGACCGGCUUCGCCGUUAAGGUACCGAUGGACCAGGAAGCGCCGUCUUGCGGCAGGAGCACCCAAAUCGAUCCAGUCGAUCAUUGGCGGAGGGAACAAACUUGGCCAAGGGAAUACUUUGAACCUGACGACACGAUGAGUCAUCUGCUUGCAAGGAGGAAGUCGACGCCGUCCCUUCGCCGCAAACGAUCGGAGCCGGGCUCUCUCACGGCUAGCUCCAAUACGCCCAGCGACCAAAAGCCGAGGGAGGAGAAGAGUGCGCCAUACCAAGAUGCGCGUUACGAAAUUCUACUGGAAACGAAAGGGAGCUAUAUGGGCAGAUAUGUGGGAGAAAAAGAGGAGGGUGUUACUAGGGAAAGUAAGGACCUUUGCCGAACGUUACUAGAGGCGAAACAGACGGUUCCUGAGGAUUCCAUCUUCCAUGACGACUUUUUCGGGGAUACUUGUGAAAUGAUACGGAAUAGGAACGAAGCCAAGGUUAUUCAAGACAUCGCUCGAUUAAUCGUCCCUUCGGCCCAAUCCUUAGCGAUACGUGGUGCCAAGCAUCUCAAGUGUUUGAUCGAAAGCAUCAACGAGGGCUGGAAUAAUUCCAUCCCCUUACUCGGCCCCCGUCCACAGCCCGACUAUGCUGUCGGAUUCAAGCGAAUCGCGUUUACGGAAGAUCAACUGUCCAAGAUAAAGCCCGCUUUGGGCGAUAUUAUGGACAUGUCUUUCUUUAUGGCCACGUACUACAUGUACUUUCCGUUCCUAGCGUGCGAAGUAAAGUGCGGUGCAGCAGCACUUGACGUCGCAGAUCGGCAGAAUGCUCACAGCAUGACUCUCGCGGUCAGAGCUAUCGUUGAGCUUUUCCGGCUCGUAAAGCGCGAGAAAGAACUCCACCGGAGCAUCCUAGCUUUCUCUAUCUCUCACGACCACGCUUCGGUGAGAAUCUAUGGCCACUACCCUAUGAUCAAGGGAAAAGACACUACCUUUUACCGUCACCCCAUCCGCAAGUUUGACUUCACAGAACUGGACGGCAAAGAGAAGUGGACGGCAUACAAGUUCACCAAGAACGUCUAUGAUAUAUGGAUGCCAAAGCACUUGGACAGGAUCCGCUCUGCCAUUGACGAGCUCCCGUCUGAUUUCGACUUUGAAGUCCCGCUGCUUCCAGAGUCAGGACUGUCCCAAGAGCUGGAGAGUCAUCAUCUCUCACGAUCAUUUACGGAGCCAGAAUCUUUACCAGGAGAGCGUGACAGUCGGUCGGGCAUUGUUGAUCAGGAUAGCACCCCCGACACUUCCUUUACGGAGCGAGAAACACCCAAAAGGCCGAGAAGAAAUACCGGGAAAUACCAGGCCUUGAGUGUGCCUAGCUGUGCCGCGUCAAGCGCCCUUGUGUCACUCCAGCGCUUAUCGACUCCUUGUGAUGGGCGGCACCAAACGACCAGCGGUUCUCCGGAUGGGAGAAGAUGGAGAAACGUAAAUCCAAAGUUGCUUUCUGAUAUGAAAGGGAUAAUUCGGAUAGCACGGGAUGACUUGAAGGAAUUGGAAGGACAGUGAGAUAGCAGAUAGCUCGAGAACUGAGAAGCGCAAAGGGCAAUACUUGCAGUCGGUAUCUAGAUCCUCUGAGAGUUGCUGGAGGCGUGAGCCGGUGAGAAUGUGAUCACUCCAUGGAGCCAAUGUGCC